UAUUCUGAAUUCCACUUUUUGUUUGACACGCGCCUUAACACGAACUUCGUUGCCUUUACGCAUUUCCCUGUGGUUUUUUCUCAUUCACUGACUGUUGUUUUCUCUCCUAUUUUUUUGGGGGGAUUUCGUGCAAAUAAAGUUCUGUUGAAUUGAUUUGGGAACAGCAUAAAACAACCAGCAACAGGCAACCAGCAAACAAUCAUCGGCAAUCGACAAGGAGGCUGGAAAAAAAUCACCCGCUCCUCCAGAAAAAGCUUUGCCACGCCCCAAGCCGCGCUUCAAGAGGCGCACCGGCCCCACCAUUCCCAUGCCAGCCCGCAAGGGGCUGCUAGCGCCCCAGAACACAUUCCUGGACACCAUCGCCACCCGGUUCGAUGGCACCCACUCGAACUUUGUGCUCGGCAAUGCGCAGGCAAAUGGCAAUCCAAUUGUUUAUUGCUCGGAUGGGUUCGUGGAUUUGACAGGAUAUUCACGCGCGCAAAUUAUGCAAAAGGGCUGCUCAUGUCAUUUCCUCUACGGACCGGAUACGAAGGAGGAGCACAAGCAGCAAAUCGAGAAAAGCCUCUCCAAUAAGAUGGAACUGAAGCUGGAGGUUAUUUUCUACAAGAAGGAAGGUGCCCCCUUCUGGUGUUUGUUCGACAUCGUGCCCAUCAAGAACGAGAAGCGGGAUGUGGUGCUCUUUUUGGCAUCCCACAAGGACAUCACGCACACCAAAAUGCUCGAGAUGAAUGUGAACGAGGAAUGUGAUAGCGUUUUUGCCCUUACAGCUGCCCUUCUGGGCGCCCGGUCCCGGGCCGGCUCCAAUGCCGGUAUGCUCGGCCUGGGCGGACUGCCCGGUCUGGGCGGGCCGGCGGCCAGUGAUGGGGACGCGGAGGCGGGUGAGGGCAACAAUCUGGACGUUCCCGCCGGCUGCAACAUGGGUCGCCGGCGCAGUCGAGCGGUUCUCUACCAGCUAUCCGGGCACUACAAGCCGGAAAAGGGUGGCGUGAAGACCAAGUUGAAACUGGGCAAUAACUUUAUGCAUUCAACGGAGGCGCCGUUUCCGGAGUACAAAACGCAGUCGAUAAAAAAGUCACGCUUGAUUCUGCCCCAUUACGGGGUGUUCAAGGGCAUUUGGGACUGGGUGAUACUGGUGGCCACCUUCUACGUUGCCCUCAUGGUGCCCUACAAUGCCGCCUUUGCCAAAGCGGAUCGGCAGACAAAGGUAUCGGAUGUGAUUGUGGAGGCGCUCUUCAUUGUAGAUAUUCUGCUAAACUUCCGCACCACCUUUGUGUCGCGCAAGGGCGAGGUUGUCUCCAAUUCGAAGCAGAUUGCCAUCAAUUACCUGCGAGGAUGGUUCGCCCUGGACCUUCUGGCCGCGCUGCCCUUCGAUCACCUGUACGCCUCCGAUUUGUACGACGGCGAGGAAUCGCACAUCCAUCUUGUGAAAUUGACGCGGCUGUUGCGGCUCGCUCGACUGCUGCAAAAAAUUGAUCGAUACUCGCAGCACACGGCCAUGAUACUGACAUUGCUGAUGUUCUCCUUCACGCUGGCCGCCCACUGGCUGGCCUGCAUCUGGUAUGUGAUAGCGGUCAAGGAGUACGAGUGGUUCCCCGAGAGCAACAUCGGUUGGCUGCAGCUUUUGGCGGAAAGGAAAAACGCUUCCGUCGCCAUUUUGACCACGGCGGAAACGUAUUCCACGGCCUUGUACUUCACCUUCACAAGUCUCACUUCCGUGGGAUUUGGCAACGUUUCUGCGAACACCACGGCCGAAAAGGUCUUCACCAUCAUCAUGAUGCUCAUUGGCGCUCUGAUGCACGCCGUGGUCUUCGGUAACGUGACUGCCAUCAUCCAAAGGAUGUAUUCGCGUCGCUCGCUAUAUGAGAGCAAAUGGCGCGACCUAAAGGACUUUGUGGCCCUGCACAAUAUGCCCAAGGAGCUGAAGCAGCGCAUUGAAGACUACUUUCAGACCUCCUGGUCACUCAGCCAUGGCAUUGAUAUAUACGAGACGCUACGCGAAUUUCCCGAGGAGCUCCGUGGCGACGUUUCCAUGCAUCUACAUCGUGAAAUAUUACAGCUGCCAAUAUUCGAGGCGGCCUCCCAGGGCUGCCUGAAACUUUUAUCCCUGCACAUAAAGACGAACUUUUGCGCGCCCGGCGAGUAUCUGAUCCACAAAGGCGAUGCCCUCAACUACAUCUACUAUCUGUGCAACGGAUCCAUGGAGGUGAUCAAGGACGAUAUGGUGGUGGCUAUUCUGGGUAAGGGUGACCUGGUGGGCUCCGACAUCAAUGUGCACCUGGUGGCCACCAGCAAUGGCCAGAUGACUGCCACCACCAACAGUGCUGGCCAGGAUGUUGUCGUCCGCAGCAGCAGCGACAUUAAGGCGCUAACCUACUGUGAUCUGAAGUGCAUCCACAUGGGUGGUCUGGUUGAAGUACUCCGCUUGUAUCCGGAGUAUCAGCAGCAGUUCGCCAACGAUAUUCAGCACGAUCUCACCUGCAAUUUGAGGGAGGGCUACGAGAACCAGGACUCCGAUAUUGGGCCCUCAUUUCCCCUGCCCAGCAUCAGUGAGGAUGAUGAAAAUCGCGAGGAGGCCGAGGAAGGUGGCAAGGGGGAGAAGGAAAAUGGUGGAGGACCACCUAGUGGUGCUUCUCCGCUGCACAACCUAAGCAAUUCUCCGCUGCAUCCAGCACGAUCUCCGCUCCUGGGCAUGGGAAGUCCCAGGAACCAGAGGCUCCACCAGCGGGGAAGAUCUCUGAUCACGCUAAGGGAAACGAACAAGAGGCAUAGGACGCUGAAUGCAGCUUGUAGUUUGGAUCGCGGUUCCUUUGAGGAACCUGAACCGCCGGAGGAGGAGCAACAGUCGGGCGGUAAAAGGCCAUCGUUGGAGCGCCUGGACUCUCAGGUGUCCACGCUGCACCAGGAUGUGGCCCAACUGAGUGCGGAAGUUCGUAAUGCCAUCAGCGCCCUGCAGGAAAUGACAUUCACAUCGAAUGCCAUGGCCUCGCACAGUUCGCUCAAGUUCCCACCAGCAAGAUCUAUACCCAACAUCAGUGGAGUGGCGGCCACAAGAUCUGGAGUUGCGGUGGAGCAUGGCUUGAUGGGCGGCGUUUUGGCAGCCGCUGAACUGGCAGCGAUGCAACGUAGUUCAUCACAUCCUCCCGAGGUUUGGGGCAGGGAUGUCCAACUGCCCACUAGUAAUACGGCCAGCUCGAAAACACCCUCACCUGUGGAACCCAAGAAGAGCACGACCAGCAGGAGCAGUCAAACGGACUUUUAUCGCAUAGACUUCCCCACCUUUGAGCGAUUCGUUUUGGCCAAUCCGCGUCUGGUCUUGGGACUUCUGGGCAUUGAACCCGCCAUCAAAAACGAAAUGGAUCUGCUGCAGCAAAAGCAAACGCUGCAGAUAUCACCUUUGAAUACGAUAGAUGAGUGUGUCACGCCGUCGGAUCCCAACUUGGCCAGUUCCAAGGAGAAGCUGAUCACAACAUCAACAGUUCAGACACCUGGUCGCAUUUACCCGCCGCUGGAUGACGAGAACUCCAAUGACUUUCGCUGGACAAUGAAGCACUCGGCCAGUCAUCAUAGCUGCUGCAAGAGCACCGAUGCUUUGCUGAGUCCAGAGGACCAGCCCCAGGUUUCCAUACUACCAGUGGAGGCAACUCCUGCGCCGCCAGUCCAGGAAAUGAGAUCCACGAAGAGAAGCAUACGAAAAAGCACGAGUGGCAGCAACUCCAGCUUGUCCAGCAGCAGUUCGAGCUCCAACAGCUGCCUGGUGUCCCAGAGCACGGGCAACUUGACCACCACGAACGCCUCGGUGCACUGCAGCAACAGCUGCCAGAGUGUCGCUAGUGUGGCGACCACGAGGAGGGCCUCCUGGAAGCUGCAGCACUCGAGGAGCGGGGAAUAUCGCAGAUUAUCCGAGGCCACGGCCGAGUACUCCCCACCUGCCAAGACACCGCUUCCUGUGGCGGGCGUGAGCUACGGCGGCGAUGAGGAGGAGAGUGUGGAGCUCCUGGGUCCUCGACGGAACUCCAGACCCAUCCUGCUGGGCGUAAGCCAGAAUCAGGGUCAGGGACAAGCUAUGAAUUUCCGCUUCUCGGCGGGGGAUGCCGAUAAGCUGGAGAAGGGUCUGCGUGGACUGCCCUCCACUCGCUCCCUCAGAGAUCCGAGUAGCAAGUAAGCAGCCUCCAAAGGAAACCAAAAAGGAGCCAUUCACAUGCAGAGCGCCGUUCGUGAUUUAUGUCCUAAUUAAUACUGAAACAGAAAGACGCUUGUACAUUUAAUAUCUCUAAGAUACCCACACGAGUUUGGUUGUUCAUCUGUAUCCCCGUACGUUUAUCGAGAAUACCUUCACAUAUUGUAAAGCAUAUCAGACAAGCCAGAAGUAUUUGACAAGCCUAAAAGUUAUUUUUGUAAGGCUCAGCUGUUAAACGGAGAUGAUUGUUUAUUCUUUUGGUAGCGAAUAAGCAAAGAUACACCCACUCAGAAUACAUGGAAACAUAUGUCAGCGGAAGUACAAAGCCUAUAGACCUCCGACUUAAGAUAAAUACGAGUAAGAGUACAUCUUGCCUAGCAACUAUAUAUCAAAAAUGGUGAAAUGUUAGUUAAGUUACACCAGCCUGGAAUUUUCUGUUUCAAUAAUGUGAUGCAUGACAUUGUGUUUGGAUCUGUUGGAUCUGACACACCUUUUUGGAGAUUUAGGAGCCAUAUUCAUACAAUAGUAAAAUUGCUACUAAAUUUGUGACAGAUGUGGGAGUUCUCCAUUAAUCUAAGAACUGGAAUUUAAGCAUAGUUAGGCAAGCUCAAUGACAGGAAUAUCAAACGGGGAUGCCACAGAUUCGUAGAGACUUAAGCAGUAAAUUCAUUCUAGUCACUGGGACAUGAGUUAACCUAGAUUAUUACCUAAGAUAAUCGACAAUCGUGUGCUACAUAUAUCGAAUGGAUAGAGUUCCACUUCAAAAGUGAGAUCUCGGGCAUUUGACUAAAAAGUAAUUUGUGAUUCCAAGCGAGAAGGCAGCUCAACUCUCAGCUUGAUUCCGUGUUGAUAAGUUGGCUAACACAAAAAAAAAAACAAAAACAAAGUUAUCAACUAAACUGUGUAAAUUUCUGAAAUCCCACAUAUAUCCUGAGUGUAUAUAUAGGGUGUUUUUUUUAGAGGUAUAGAACUUUAAAUUGCAAUAAAACAACGAUGGAUUAUUCGAUUGACAUGAAUUUUAUUGACAUGAAAGAUAAUC